GGCCUGGGAUGCCUUUGGGCAUUUUCAUGGCUCCAUAACACGGCGCGCUUCCGAGGAGGAGGUGCUUGAAUUCCUGGUUCUCCUAAAGGCGCAAGGGCCUUGCCAUUAAAACUUUAAUGCUUUACAGGGCAGCUAUCUCCUUCUUUUGUAAAUUCCUUUGUUGGCUGGACCCCUGUGACAGCUUCCACAUCAAGAAGCUGCUGGCUGGGUGGCGUCGCAUCAUUCCCCCACGUCAGGAUGGCAGGAAGCCCAUCACUAUCGACACACUCAAACUAAUUUGGGGGGAAAUUACCAGAGAUCUGCUGGUCAAAUUUCGAAACACGUCUCUUUGGAGCAGCAUUCUCCCUAGCCUUCUUUGGUGCCAUGCGCAUUGGGGAGUGUUUGGCGGCCGGGGCCCCUCAAUCAGGGUUGGCGGAUACGGACAUUAAGUUCUCGGGGGAUACUGUGAAUGUCAGAAUUCGGUCAUCAAAAACGGAUCAAUUGAGAAAAGGAGUCACAUUGGCACCUCCUCCGACGGAACAGGAGGGGCCCUGCCCCUAUCAGGACACACGCUGCUUCUUCAGGGUCCGGCCUAAGUGCAAGGGCCCUUUCUUCAUACACGCAAACACGCGCCCUUUGUCGCGAUCCCAAUUCACUGCAGUCUUGCGCAAAGUCAUAGCGGCCUGUGGAGCUGACCCCCAAGUAUAUUCUGGGCACUACUUCCGUAUCGGGGUUGCCACUUCAGUGGCACUCCAGGGUUGGGACCCAGCCUGCAUCAAUACACUGGGGCACUGGCGCUUGGCAGCAUAUAAAAGCUACAUUCAUCCUGGCUCCUCCUCCUCAACACUUGCAAUUUAACUUUCUUACAGGUUUACCCACCACGAAGAUCUGGGUUGUGGGGCACAGCAUUGUCCAUUGGGCGGCGGAGCAUGCCUGGUCGCACAAUGGGGGUCAUAACCUUAACAUUCACCCCGAGGUACGCAUUUAUUGGAUGGGCCACCGGGGCAUGCGUUAGUCGGGCUUGAUGCCCAUAUUUAGUAAGUCUUGAUUUUACACCUGGGGGAGAAUGAUCUAGUCGAACAAAAAGGCAUUGCCCUGACCCUUGCUGCAAGGGCAGAUAUAGAAAGCUUGCAUGCCUUGUACCCAACAGUGGCCAUCGGCUGGUCCAAUCUCCUCCCCCGUCUCCGCUGGACGGGGGCUUCCAAUCCCUCUCACAUUAAUUAUGAGGUGGAAAAAAUCGACAGGGCCAUGCGCAAUACCAUGCGGCUAAUUGGUGGAUUCUCUAUCCCAUACCCCACCAUCAGGGCAGAGAUGGCCGGCUUAUUCAGGGUGGACGGGGUGCAUCUGACACCAUUUGGGAAUGACCUCUGGCUGCACGACUUGCAACAAGUCCUCAGGGACUGGGUAGGCAACAAGGUUUGAAGGCAGAGUAUGGGUGAUGGUUCCUCGGUUGUGGGACUCUUGGUGGCGAGGCCCUUAGGGGGCCUAGGGUGGCAGUUUUAGGCCUUGGCAAAGUAUCCUUUAGUCUAUCACCAAUUUGUGGGGGAUGCAUUCAUGCUCCCCCCCAUGCGCCGGCGCUUGCAGGGCCCGUUAAAGGGCAAAACCGGGAGUCCCUGGCCCUAGAGCGGCGCCAUGUAGGUCAAACUCCCCGGACGAGGUCGGUGGAAGGACAUGCUGUGUAAGUUUGCGCUUUGCAGUCCCCUCUCGCUGGACCUCAUCUGCCUGCACAUGCUCAGCCAGGCGGGCUGAGAGGGUUACCUGCCAAGGCCUGUGCCAAGUUUCCCACGUCUGAAGCUCAAUAAAGUUGUGGCCAAUUUGAACCCCAUACUCUGGUCUCUUGUCUCAUCAUUUGGGGAAAAGGGGGUGGGCACCACAGGCAGGGUUUAGCGCAUGUGCCCACACUAGAACUUCCCUUGCAUAUCUAGAUCCUGGGGCAAGUCAGUGAUAGGAUUUAGCUUUCCUUUGCUAACAAUAAGCUCUGGGCAUUUCCUGGGAAAGGAGGAUGUAUGUGUCUGAGGGAUUAGGGUGGGAGGUGGGAGGGAAAAGAGUCCAUUGGAUGAAGGAAAUUGGCAAAGGGGUUGAUAUUAUAUGAUUUAUAAAGCUAGAUAUCUUCCCUUAGCUGUCAAGUCGAAAGGAUACAUUCAGGCAUAAUAUUUGUAGCAUUUAAUAACUUUAAAGAUGUCCCCCCCCCCGUAAUUUCCGUAACAACAUCAAUUCCUGUAACACACUCCAGAUAUAUGCAUGUGAAAUAAGGUUUUUGUGCGGCAUAAACAAAACAUAACAUGUGGGAUGAAACUGCAAGAUCUCUGCUACGCUGUUGUGCAAAGAGGAGAGAAACUGCUAUGAUGUUUUGCAUUCAAGGUGGAGCAGAAGAUAGAAAUGACUGACAUGAAAAACAGAAUGCUCUUCCUGCCUAUCGGGGUUUCCCACACUAGGCAGGGUGUUAUUUGUAACUGUGCAAAUUCUCAGAAAUGGUCCACAGCACAUAGAUUUCGCUUUCGCUUUUGCUGUUUACUCCAAUAGUUUCCCUGCAGCUUUCUCUGCCUUCCUUGUCCUCCUGAGCAGGGAGCCUUCUGAAAUCUCAAUCAGGGAUAGUCCGACCAUGAGGUGGGAGAAUGCAUGUUCUCAAAGAGCCCCUGUUUUCCAGGGACAGCCCAGGAAUUGCAUAAGCCAUCCCAGUUUCUGAUUUGAUCCUGGAAUGCCCCGGUUUUCCUUUUUUCCUCCCCUCGAAGUAUCGGAGAACAAUUAAAAGUGGUGUGUAGGAGCAAAAAUGGACUCCUGUUUACCCUGAAAAUAAAAUUCCUGCACCAAAUGGAGGAAAUGGUGAUGGUGGCGCACAAAGCCCCUCCUAUAAUUUUGAAGGAAGAGGUCACCAAUCCCCUUUCCAUUCUGUAAUUGCAAUGCUUCAGUGGCCAGCCAUUUCUCAGGAAACACUGGGAGUGUUUAUUCCUUAAUUGUAAAUGGAGCCUUGCUCUGUCUGUUGUUGUUGUUUAGUCGUUUAGUCAUGUCCGCCUCUUUGUGACCCCCUGAACCAGAGCACGCCAGGCCCGCCUGUCUUCCACUGCCUCCCGCAGUUUGGUCAAACUCAUGCUGGUAGCUUCGAGAACACUGUCCCACCAUCUCGUCCUCUGUCAUCCCCUUCUCCUUGUGCCCUCCAUCUUUCCCAACAUCAGGGUCUUUUCCAGGAGUCUUCUCUUCUCAUGAGGUGGCCAAAGUAUUGGAGCCUCAGCUUCAGGAUCUGUCCUUCCAGUGAGCACUCAGGGCUGAUUUCCUUCAGAAUGGAGAGGUUUGAUCUUCUUGCAGUCCAUGGGACUCUCAAGAGUCUCCUCCAGCACCAGAAUUCAAAAGCAUCAAUUGCUCUGACAGAUCAAUUGCUCUGUCUACUCAUAAGUAAAUCCCACGGUAUUCAAUGGUGCUUACUCCCAUGUAACUGGGUGAAGACUAGGCAGCUUCACACUGCAAGCCGAACCAUGUUUAGUCAGAAGUAAGUCCCACUGAGUUCAAUAGGAUUUCCCAUGGGGCUGCCCCUAUAAAUACCAGACAGAUGGGCGAUUAAAGGGUCUGGGGAACAAGGAAGUGGAAUGAGGGAUGCAGGACAGAUUUGAUCCAGCUUCCAUUGAAAAGUGAAAAGUAUUUGGUACGAAGUUGUAAGUGGGAUGGGGGAGGGGGUUAAAUAUGCUUUCUGUUCCUGUUUUCAAAUAUGCAAAUAAAAAAAGAGUUGUUUUCUGGAGAUGGGUGUUAAAUAAUUCCCUUCCCAAAUGGUAAAAAUUUCAGAACUUUGGGAAGUUCAAGCAUGUCUCUCGCUGUGCAGGACCUGGUGUCCAGGCACUCAUAAGAAUUCACUGUACAUUUACAGACAGUGUGGUGUAGUGGUUAAGAGCGGUGGACUCGUAAUCUGGGGAACCGGGUUUGCGUCUCCGCUCCUCCACCUGCAGCUGCUGGGUGACCUUGGGCCAGUCACACUUCUCUGAAGUCUCUCAGCCCCACUCACCUCACAGAGUGUUUGUUGUGGGGGAGGAAGGGAAAGGAGAAGGUUAGCCGCUUUGAGACUCCUUAAAGGGAGUGAAAGGCGGGAUAUCAAAUCCAAAACUCUUCUUCUUCUAAUUGGCUGUAGGGCGGUAAAUGUGUCUGGCUUAGAAACAGGCCUCUUUUGGUUUCCUGGGGCUUAUUCCCAGGAAGUGGGUGCAGGAUGGCAGUCUAGGCUUUGGUUUAGGAUCGGUGUUUGGGGAAAUGGGGUUAUUUAGCCUUUGAAAGUUGUCUGUCCACAAUGACCAUAGCUGUCAACUUUUCCCUUUUCUUGUGAGGAAUCCUAUUCAGAACACACACCCCUGCCAGCAAUUUUAUGACUACCUCCUCCCACCACGCUCUCUCCAAAUUCAAAAUGUACCCCCUGAUCCAAAAUGGUCGGUGACCGUUUGAUCCAGCUCCCAUUGAAAGGUGGAAAUUAUAAAUUUCCACUUUCCAAAGCAAAAUGAAACACAGCCAAUCUCUGAAAUCCUCGCUUUGUGGAAUUUCGCGAUGCAGUUCUCCAGCCAGAGUUCACAAGAAUGCAUAUAACUGUGAAAAUGACAUGCAAAUAUGCAUUUUAUUAGGAACAGUGUCUUGCAAAAGUAUGUAUGUAAUUUACAAAGUUGUUUGUUAGGGGAAAUUGACACAAAAAUACACAAUUGACACAAAAAUACAGUUAAACUUUCAUAAUGGUUCAAAAACAAAACAUUUCCAGAGAGUUUAAGAUGGGGAAAAUGAGAAACUGAGAGAACUGAAGUGGACCAAUGUAUCCACUCCUUUGUGGGGUUUAGGCAACUGCGGACAGUUAGGUAUGUUACUAUUUUCAUAAAAUCCUUUACCACUUGAUUGUAGAAAACCUCAAAGCGCUCUGCAAAAAGAAUAAUGCAACAGGAUUAUGAUUAAUAACGAAAACAUCCACAAAUUAAAACCAGCGACAAACUACAAACAUAUCAGCAUUCUAAAUAUGUGAGUAGCCUUGUCUAAACAAAAAUGUUUUUCGCAGGCGGCAAAAAAAAGGUAGCAAAGUUGCCUGCCUGAUGUCGAUAUGCAGGGAGUGUGGGUGCCGCCACACCGAAAGAACGAUUUCUUAUCAAUGCAGAACAGAUAUUAUGUGGCACCUGUAACUGUGCCCAUUCUGCCAAUCGAAGCAUCCAGAGACCACAUGUGGGGUCAGGCGAUCUCAGGGCUAAACUGCUCCCAAACAGUUACGGACUUAAUAUCCUGAGAGCAAUGCCUUGAACUUGGCCUGGCAGCAAAUCGGGAGCCAGGGCAGGUCUCUGAGCCCAGGCGUCCUAGGCUGACAAGCACCUGCUGCUGUCAACAAUGGUGGCAUCCUGCACUCAUUGCAACUUCCAGAUUAGGCACAAGGGAAGUGUUAUGUAUUGAAGUUCUCACCCUGGCCACCAGGAGUAUUGUGUAUGUAGUUUUCACUCAGGUCCACGUCAGUUAUUUUAGGCGGGAAACCCUGGGUUGUUGUUGCUACAAUGUUGACAGCCAGCUGCUUAUAAAAGCAGGCCGGCUAAGCUGUUUGCUGUUCAGUUCUGUUCCAGUUUACAAAAUAAAGAGCUGCUUUGGAGAAAUCGCUGUGUCGUCUGCCAUGUCUACCCACUAUUCAACACUGGCGACGAGGAUGGGAUAGGUGGACAUCAGAGCACAGCCAGAUGCGGCCAUCCUCUGAACUGAGCUGAAUCACAGAGUGAAAUUACUGAGUGAAAUCACUGGACAGAACCAAUUCAGAGCUGACUGUUCUGGCUGGAGCGCUGUGUUCCAUCCAUCGCCCUUCAUGCCGGCAUCGGAAUCAUGGCUUCACUUGUGCCUCUGCCAUUCGCACCAGCCUCUGAAUCAUGGGACUCCUACCUCGCUCGGUUCGAUUGCUACCUCCAAGCCAACGAGCUGACAGCAGUAUCAAAUGAACGGAAGCGGGGCCUAUUCCUCAGCCUCUGUGGGCCUGAGGUGUUUGAGACGGCCCGAGCAUUGGUUGCGCCUGAAGCAGUCCAGGCAACACCAUGGGACACGAUCCAAGAGAAGCUCCGCAACCACUACGCGCCAAAGCCGUCCAAGAUUGCUGCCCGCCAUGCGUUUUACCACCGGAACCAGGCAGAGGGGGAGUCACUGCGAGUUCCGAGACUUAGACGAUGCCCUGAUGGAUUGAAUCGUCUGCGGAGUCCGGGACAUCCAUCUGCAACGGCGUCUCCUCGCCAAGCCAGACCUCACGCUACAGGAAGCCAUCGAGGAGGCUGUGGCCUCAGAAGCUGCUGAACGCUCCGCCCAGGAGAUCCGCAAGUCCAGCAGCUUGCGUCUUGCUAGGAAGCAAGUUCCAGUGCAUCAUGAAGAGGCCAGCAGUGAUGAGGCAUCCUCCAGUGAAGAUGAUGACGUGCACCAGACAAAGCGGGAGCGCAGGAAGUUCCAACAGAAGGCCAAGGGCCAACCGGAAUGCGCCGGCUGCGGAGGCAACCAUUCCUGUGCCAAGUGUCGAUUCAGAGACACCAUCUGUAGGAAGUGUUCCAGAAGGGGCCACAUCGCUAAGGUCUGCCGAUCGGCUCCGUCUGACACCCCCCCUUCACCGACUCGCAAGUCCAAGUCUUCACUCCAGUCUGCCAAGGAAAGCUGUUUCGCUCUCACCAACUGCCGCUGCCCGUCUGGAACCACGAUUGGCCAAACCGACUCGCCUACGCGACGCAAGCUGAAUGUCACGGUGCUCAUUGAAGGAGCUCCAUGUGACAUGGAGAUCGACACCGGGUCUGCCCUGUCCAUCGUGUCUUGGAGCACCAUCAAAAGACUGGUACCCAGAGUGUCCAAAGGCAACUCGACUCUCACCGCGUCCACCUGAGAGACUACCAGGGAAACGACAUUCCCGUGGUAGGCGUUGGCCGGUUCCGGAUCGCCUUCAAGGAUUUUCGGGCCUGCUCCGGCUGGUGGUGGUCGAAGGUCAGCGGCCAAGCCUCCUAGGGCUAGACUGGUUUGAUGCCCUCGGCCUGGAAGUCACCGGCAUCAACUGCAUCUCUAACGCAGAGACUGAGGGUCUGGUCAAAGACUUUGCCGAGGUUUUUGACGGCACUUUGGGGCAAUAUACAGGUACGCCCAUCUCCUUUAGCCUUGAUCCACAAGUCGCCCCCAUCAAGCUAAAGCCACGCCGGGUUCCCUUUGCUCUCAAGGCUAAGGUGGACGAACAACUGGACAAGCUGAUCGCCCAAGGAGUUUUGGAGCCGGUUGACCACGCCAAGUGGGAAACCCCCAUCGUCACGCCUGUCAAGCCAGACGGGUCGGUGAGAAUCUGCGCUGACUACAAGUGCACGAUCAACAAGGCACUUCAGCAGCACGCUUAUCCGGUUCCUGUUGUCCAACACCUGCUGCAUUCCCUGGGUGAGGGUAAGGUCUUCGCUAAGCUGGACCUUGCCCAAGCCUAUCAACAACUGCCCGUCGAUGAUGCCACUGCUGAAGCCCAGACGAUCGUCACCCACCGAGGGCAUUCCGUUGCCGCCGGUUGCAGUUCGGGGUGAGUGUGGCUCCUGGCAUCUUCCAAAGCCUUAUGGAGCGUCUCCUGCAAGGGCUUCCGGGCGUGGUACCAUAUUUUGAUGACGUCUUGGUGUCCGCAGACUCACACCAGCAGCUGUUCGAGCGCCUCCGUGCCGUGCUGACCAGGUUCCAAGAGGCCGGGCUCAAGGUAAAGAGGGAGAAGUGCCAGAUCGCCGUUCCACAGGUAGAGUUCCUGGGCUAUCUUAUCGACGCCUCCGGCCUUCACCCGACCACAUCCAAGAUCCGCGCUAUCCAGCAGGCCCCCAUCCCAAAGAACAAGACGGAGUUGCAGGCGUUCCUGGGGCUGCUGAACUUUUAUAACAUGUUCCUGCCCCACAAAGCCACGGUGGCUGAGCCUCUUCACCGACUCCUCAGCACAAAGACGCCUUGGUCCUGGGGUCAUCGGGAGACGGCGGCCUUCAACGCGGUCAAGGCUCUCCUUUCAUCGGACAGUGUGCUGGUACAGUACAGUGAAUCCAGGCCGCUGGUCCUUGCCUGCGACGCCUCACCUUUUGGCAUCGGCGCUGUCCUUAGUCACCGUUUUCCAGACGGAAGAGAAGCACCGCUCGCCUACUUUUCCAGGACGCUAUCUCCGACGGAACGGAAUUACAGCCAGCUCGACAAGGAGGCACUGGCACUUGUGGCUGGAGUGAAGAGGUUCCAUGAAUACCUCUAUGGCAGGACUUUUGACCUCAUCACUGACCACAAGCCGCUCCUGGGCCUCCUCGCCG